AUGUUACUGUGUUUUAUCUCAACAGAAUCCCGGAAGCAGAAGAAGAAGAGCGAUGAACUCCGCAUCAUUUUGGUGGGGAAGACGGGAGCGGGGAAGAGCGCAGCAGGAAACACCAUCUUAGGAAGAGAAGUGUUUCAGUCUGAACUGUCCUCUUCUUCAUGGACAUUUGAAUGCAAGAGAGCUGAGGGCGAGGUCGGAGGUCGAAAGGUGGUUGUCAUCGACACCCCAGGGCUGUUUGAUACUAAUUUCACCCAAGAAGAAGUGUUGAAGAGGAUCAAGACAUGUGUCUCUCUGUCUGCUCCUGGUCCUCAUGUCUUCCUGGUGGUUCUGAGGCUGGGCAGGUUCACCCAGGAGGAGAGAGACACAAUCAAGAUGAUUCAAAGCACCUUUGGUGAGGAGGCAGUCAAAUACUCACUGGUACUGUUCACACACGGUGACAAACUGAAGAAACAAACUAUUGAAACCUUUGUCUCAAAGAGUGCAGAACUCAAAGAGCUCCUUGAGGUUUGCUAUGGGCGAUAUCAUGUCUUCAACAACCAGGUGAAAGACCAGGAGCAGACCGAUCAGCUCCUGGACAAGAUUAUCAGAAUGACUGGUGAGAAUGAAGGACGGCACUACACGGCAAAGAUGUUCAGAAAAGCAAAAAAGGCCUCAAAGAUGGAGAGGAGAAGACUUUCAAAGGAGCUGAAGAAAGCGGAGCAGCAGAGGAGGAACGCCCUGAGGGCUGAGGUGGACAGGGAAAUGAAUCUAACAGGAGAGUCAACGAAACACGGUAAAUGUCUCCUGCAGUAG